ACAGCGAAUCUGUGUGACUGCAAGCAAAGGAAAAAAAGAAGUUUAUCGAAUGGUGUGUGCGGUCGCGUUUGAUUAAAAGUGGUUUUUUACCAUCGAAAUUGCCGGAAAAUUGCAGGAAAGCUAAGCUCGAGCCUUUGUUCCACCGGUGCGGAUUGGUUUGCUCGAUUCUGUGAGCGGUUCGCUUGUGAAAUUCCCCCUCGAAUUGUGCGGCGUUCGCGGAUCGCGUAGAAUCUCUUUUCUCGACGCGUUUCUGACGGACUGUGCACCUUUCUCCGUGUCGGUUCGUGUUUUUGUAUUAUGCUGUGAAAAAACACCGGCGCCCUCGGUUAGCUAGCUUCCUGGCGGUGCGGUGCUGGAACGCGACAACCCACGAGUACCGGAAAUUUCCGAUUCCAUUUUCAAAGAGCAACGUUUUUCCGAACUGAUUGGAAUUAAUUGCCUGUCGGGUAGCCAAGAUGGAUGUUCAACAGUUAGAGCUGCUGUGCAAACAAUUCUACGAAUCCCAGGAUGCACAAGCUCGAGCCGAAGCCGAGAAGGCGCUGUACCUGUUUCAGGAAGAUCCGGAUGCCCUCCCAAAGUGCCAGCAGUUGUUGGACCGUAGCAAUUCGGCCUACUCGCAACUGUUGGCCGCAACCACUCUGACCAAGUUGGUUUCGAAGAACAUCCAAGCGCUGAGCCUGCAGCAACGAGUUGAUAUUCGGAACUACAUUCUAAAUUAUCUGGCAACGCAUCCUAAUCUGCAGUCGUUUGUGAUUCAGGCCCUAAUUGCGCUGCUGGUCAAGAUUACCAAACUGUGCUGGGUGGAUUUGUACGAGGAUGAGUACAUUUUCCGAAACAUCGUUCAGGAUGUGAAGGAAUUUUUGGGAGGAUCCGUGGAGCAUUGUAUGAUAGGCGUCCAGAUCCUGUCUCAGCUGACGGUGGAAAUGAAUCAACUGGCGGAAACGGCAUGCAAUCUUACCUUCACCAAACAUCGAAAGAUUGCCUGUCUCUAUCGGGACUCCCAGCUGUACGAUAUCUUUAUCCUGGCCUGUACCUUGCUCAGUCAGGCUAAGGAUAACUGCUGCCAGAAGCCCAACUACUUGGACGAAGCACAGCAUGGGCUGUUCACGCAUUUGCUCAACCUGGCCAGGAACUGUCUGAGCUUUGAUUUCGUGGGUACCUCUGCCGACGAGUCCGCUGACGACAUGUCCACUGUCCACAUCCCCACCAAUUGGCGUCCGGCGUUCCUGGAAUCCGACUCCGUGAAAUUGUUUUUUGAUCUCUACCACGUCCUCCCGGCACGCCUAUCCAGUUUGGCUCUGUCCUGUCUGGUUCAGAUUACCUCCAUCCGACGAUCCAUCUUCAACAAUGCCGAGCGCAUUAAAUUUCUCGCCAAACUCGUGAAAGGCGCCACCGACAUCCUGAAGACCUCGCACGGUCUCAGCGAUCCGGAAAAUUACCACGAAUUCUGCCGCCUUCUAGCCCGACUUAAAUCCAACUUCCAGCUCGGAGAACUCGUCAUCGUGGAAAACUACGCCGAAGCAAUCCAGCUGAUCGCCAAAUUCACCGUUCAAUCGCUACAGAUGUGGCAAUUCGCCCCGAACAGCAUACACUAUCUUCUCUCGCUUUGGCAGCGCCUGAUCGCUUCCCUGCCGUAUGUAAAAUCCUCCGAACCUCACUACCUAGAUACGUACACCCCGGAGGUCACGAAAGCGUACGUCACCUCCAAGUUGGAAUCGGUUCCGGUGAUUCUGCGCGAAGGUCUGGAAGAUCCCUUGGACGACACCGGUAUGGUUCAGCAGCAGCUGGAGCAGUUCUCCACCAUCGGCCGGUGCGAGUACGAAAAGACGUGUGCCCUGUUGAUUCAGCUGUUCGACCAAACGGCCGGUCGCUACCAGGAGAUUCUGUCCUCGCCGACGACCGCCAACCAUCUGGACGUGCAGAUCUGCGAGGGUCAGCUGACGUGGCUGGUGUACAUCAUCGGCGCUGCCAUUAGUGGACGUAUUUCCUACUCCCACGACGAUCACGAUCUACUGGAUGGCGACAUGAUCAUCCGGGUGUUGCAGCUGAUGACGUUGACCGAUUCCCGGUUGCCACAGUGCGGUUGCGAGAAGCUAGAAUUCGCCAUCAUGUGCUUCCUGGAGCAGGUCCGGAAGGUCUAUAUCAACGAGCACCUGCAGAAGCUGAAGAUGUUCAAGCGCCUGAGCGAAGUGCUGGGGGUGAACGACGAAACCACGCUGCUCACCGUCAUCAGCCGGAAGAUAAUUACCAAUCUGAAGUACUUUGGCCACUCGGAGCAGAUCAUCCGGAAAACGCUGACACUGCUGAACGAUCUAACGCUGACGUUCAGUUCCAUUCGGCGGUUGAUCAAACUGGACGAGAUUCAAUUUAUGCUGAACAAUCACACGCGCGAGCACUUUUCGUUCCUCGGUACCGGUGCGGUGAGUGCAUCCCGCUGUCGCAGCAUGUUCUACACCUGUCUGGGUCGGUUGCUGAUGGUCGAUCUGUCCGAGGACGUCGAACGGUUCAACACGUUCAUGAUGCCGCUGACGAACACGAUCGAAAACAUGGUCAUGAUGAGUUUCCCCAGCGAAGAAGCCCGCAAGGAGCUGAUAGGGCUGUCCCGCGAUCUCCGCGGCUUGACGCAUGCGUUCAACUCGAAGAAUCCGUACAUGAUGCUGUUCGAUUGGAUCUAUCCGGACUAUUCGCCGAUUCUCAUCCGCGCCGUGGAGCUGUGGGCUCACGAUCCUGCCGUCACAACUCCGGUGCUGAAGCUGUUCGCCGAACUAGUUUACAAUCGAUCGCAACGGUUGCAGUUCGACGUCUCUAGUCCAAAUGGAAUAUUGCUCUUUAGGGAAACUUCCAAGUUGAUUUGCUGUUACGGUGAACGAAUCCUGUCGCUAGAGGUUCCCAAAGAGCAAAUCUACCCGAUGAAGCUGAAAGGUUACGCAGUGUGCUUCCAGAUGCUGAAAGCCAUUCUCAGCGGAAACUACGUAAAUUUCGGUGUGUUUAAGCUGUACGGGGACGACGCGCUGGACAAUGUGCUGAACAUGACGGCCAAGUUGAUACUGUCGAUUUCCCACGAUGACAUACUGGUCUACCCAAAACUAUCGCAAGCCUACUACAUACUGAUUGAGUGUCUCGCUCAGGAUCACAUCACAUACCUGUCCACGUUGGAACCGCCCGUGUUUCUGUACAUCCUAGAAAGUAUAUCCAAGGGUCUUAAUGCGUUAGAUGUGUUAGUUGGUUCCGGUUGCUGUUCGACGUUAGAUUACAUUGUGACAUACAUUUUCAAACAGUUGCAGUUGAAAGAAAAACACAUGCUGCUGGUAACGACAUUCCCGAAUAAGAAGCUCAGGCAGAGCGUCCUACCGGAGAACAACGUGUUCCUCAAGGUGAUGGAGAUGCACCCGGAGAUUCUGCAGAACCUGCUGUCCACGCUGCUGAACAUCGUCAUGUACGACGAUUGCAAGAACCAGUGGUCCAUGUCCCGGCCGCUGCUGGUGCUGAUACUGCUCUACGAGGACUACUUCAGGCAACUCCGGGAGAACAUUAUCCACUCGCAACCGAUCGAGAAGCAACAAUCGAUGGCAUGCCUCUUCGACGCCCUAAUGGACGGAAUCGAGCGAAAUCUACACAUCAGGAACCGUGAUCGAUUUACCCAGAACCUGUCGGCGUUCCGCCGGGACCUGAACGAUUCCCUCAAGUCCGCCAACAGCCUACCGAACAGCUCGUCGCUGAACGAAAUGCUGCUAGAUAGAUUCUCUUCCUAAAAGUCGCUAGAAAAGGGCCCAAAUUUUUCUGUAGUAGUCCUGCGAGUGUUGAAUGAAUGGUGUGGAAAGUUGUCCCAUUUUUAUUUAUCCAAACUGCGUUUCCUAAAUGUGUGCGCCACUAAACGAAGCUGCGGAAGAAGACGAAGUCGAAGAAGAGUCAGCAUUAGGGAUUUCUUUUCUUUUGAAGGGAAAAUCGUUGUUACAAAUAAAAACAAAAGAAGUUUAUACAAAUGAAAUUUAGAAAAGUCCGUAAAAACUAGCACGUAAGUCACGUAAGCAAAGCAACAAAUAUUUGAUGUAAUCACUGCUAGAAAAACAAGAAUACAACAAGAAGAAGAAAACUAGUGGAUGAAAGCAGACACUCCCCCUCAGGCAGACAGGUAUAGGAAAGGAAUAAGAAAGCUGGGAUUUUUUUUGUGGAUGAAAGUAGGCAAAUCGGAAAACCCGGCCGCAAGAGGGUGUUUGUAAUUUAAAAACCGACAUUUGUGUGGGCGUUAGUUGAUAUACAAAA